AUGCCUGCCGCCGGCCGGGACAGCGACUGCGAGCGCGCUGCCCUCGUCCUGCCGUCCCUCCCCCGCCUGUCACUCACGGGCUUUGCAUAAACGCUCCCCCCGCCCCCAGCCCAUAUACCCCUUCUCCGCUCCGCUGCCGAGCCAGAGCUGCGGCCGGCGUGCCAGCAGUAGCAGCAGCCCCUUCUUCCCUUCCUUCCGUCCCUCUUCCCAACCUCCCGCCUCCUUCCGCGACCCGCCUCCCGCCAGCGGCRCCAGCUCCGCCCGGCGCUGCCGCUCGCCAGCCGCGUCUCCGCGGCACCGUCGAGCCGGCACAGCCGAGCUCCUCUCCCAUGCGCGGYGCUGCGCCGCCCAGGCACCUCCGCGCUCGCCCGGGAGCCGCUCCGGUGUGAAAGAAAAUGUCGGUCAGCAUGCAUGAAAAUCGCAAGUCUAGGGCCAGUACUGGCUCCAUAAACAUAUACCUGUUCCACAAGUCAUCCUAUGCUGAUAGUGUCCUUACUCACCUGAACCUUCUGCGUCAGCAGCGUCUCUUCACAGAUGUACUUCUCCAUGCUGGAAACAGGUCGUUCCCCUGCCACAGAGCAGUUCUAGCUGCUUGCAGCCGCUAUUUUGAAGCAAUGUUCAGCGGAGGACUGAAAGAGAGCCAGGACAGCGAAGUCAACUUUCACAAUUCUAUUCACCCAGAAGUCCUGGAGCUUCUUCUGGACUAUGCAUAUUCCUCCAGAGUUAUCAUCAAUGAGGARAACGCAGAGUCACUGCUGGAGGCUGGUGACAUGCUGGAGUUUCAGGACAUUCGGGAUGCUUGUGCAGAAUUUCUGGAGAAAAACCUUCACCCCACCAACUGCCUUGGUAUGCUGCUGCUGUCGGAUGCUCAUCAGUGUACCAAGCUGUAUGAACUCUCCUGGAGGAUGUGCCUUAGCAACUUCCAGAGUAUCAGUAAAAGCGAAGACUUCCUCCAGCUGCCAAAAGACAUGGUGGUGCAGCUCCUUUCCAGUGAAGAAUUAGAAACUGAAGACGAAAGGCUGGUGUAUGAAUCAGCUAUCAACUGGGUCAACUAUGACCUGAGUAAGCGUCACUGUUACCUGCCAGAGCUACUGCAGACGGUGAGACUCGCCCUCCUGCCAGCUAUAUAUCUUAUGGAGAAUGUGGCCAUGGAAGAGCUUAUCACCAAGCAAAGGAAAAGCAAGGAGAUCAUAGAAGAAUCAAUCAGAUGCAAGUUGAAGAUCUUACAGAAUGAUGGAGUGGUCACCAGCUUGUGUGCCAGACCCCGAAAAACUGGCCAUUCACUUUUUCUUUUGGGUGGCCAAACAUUUAUGUGUGACAAGCUGUACUUGGUGGAUCAAAAGGCAAAGGAGAUCAUUCCAAAGGCUGACAUUCCAAGCCCACGGAAAGAGUUCAGUGCUUGUGCCAUAGGUUGCAAAGUAUAUAUCACUGGGGGACGAGGAUCAGAAAAUGGAGUCUCCAAGGAUGUGUGGGUGUAUGACACCCUUCACGAGGAGUGGUCAAAGGCUGCUCCCAUGCUGGUAGCAAGGUUUGGCCAUGGCUCUGCUGAACUUAAGCACUGUUUGUACGUUGUGGGCGGACACACUGCAGCAACUGGUUGCCUUCCAGCUUCCCCUUCUGUAUCCUUAAAGCAAGUAGAGCAGUAUGACCCUGUGACCAACAAAUGGACCAUGGUUGCCCCGCUGCGAGAGGGAGUAAGCAACGCAGCAGUGGUCAGUGCAAAGCUGAAGCUGUUUGCUUUUGGCGGUACCAGCGUUAGCCAUGACAAGCUGCCCAAGGUUCAGUGCUAUGAUCAGUGUGAGAACAGAUGGACAGUACCGGCCACCUGCCCCCAGCCCUGGCGCUACACGGCUGCAGCUGUUCUGGGGAGCCAGAUUUUUAUUAUGGGUGGAGAUACCGAAUUCUCUGCAUGCUCUGCUUAUAAAUUCAACAGUGAGGCAUACCAGUGGACUAAGGUGGGAGAUGUGACGGCGAAGCGAAUGAGCUGCCAUGCAGUGGCAUCUGGAAACAAAUUGUAUGUGGUUGGAGGCUACUUUGGCAUUCAGAGGUGCAAAACAUUGGACUGCUACGAUCCUACAUUAGAUGUAUGGAACAGCAUAACCACUGUGCCCUAUUCAUUAAUUCCCACAGCAUUUGUCAGCACAUGGAAGCACCUCCCCUCCUAAUUGUGUAUAUAUUGGCAAUUACGAGUUAUCAGUUUACUCCUUUAUUUGGAGAUGAGAAUUGGAACCUCAGAUCUGGAGAAGUUUUAAUGAAGAAAAAUCACUCGGCAUCUCUUGCAUUUGAAGAAAAUCAUCUGCACCUUGUAAAUUAUCCAGGACAUGAAGGAUUGGGAGAAGAAACCCCUGUCUUCAGUGCUUCAACACAUSGUUUAAAUAUGAAUGGACAAACCUGUGAUCUGGUCCUUGUGCUAGUAAUUCUGGAUUAAUGCCAAUAUGAAUCAGUCCUUCAAAGAUGAAAAAAAGAGACAGGACUUCUCAUAGUUGUGCGCCACAUAGCACUGGAUUUCCGUGGACCCCACUGUUUUUAUGUGAAAUUCGAACUGGUUGUCACCUCWCUUUGUGGCGGAUUGAAGCACCAGCUGCAGGGGGAGCAGGCCAGGUGUGAAGCAGCAAGAUGCUAAUGUGAAUGAAGAUCCAGCAGAAUUGCUGCUGAGCUCUGCUGACUGCAGUGUGCUUACCUGUGGGCAGUGCCUACAGCAUUUACACCCUGUGUUGCAUUGUCCUGUGUGCAGUAAGUGACCUUCUGCUUCAUAAGGACUGAUCCAGUGGUGAAAUGUUUUUGCAACAGUGGGGAACAAACAUUACAUCCCCAAGAUACUCAUUGUUCCUGUUMCUUUCUGUAUUUAUAAUUCAGUCUGUCCCAUUCCUAUUAUGUUACUUGUUGUAGAUAUAGUUAUUUAUUGUUCAGUGCUUGCAUGCUGAAACAAUGCCUGCAAUUGUCUUCAUGUUGCAAGGGCUUGUGUGAAUUGUAUGUUUUGCACAUAUUGUGAUUGCUAACUUGCUCKGCUGCACAAAGAAAGAAAACUAUUGGGUAACAGUUGGAGGUGGUAUGGAGAAGUGGCUUCCCAGUCAGAAAUGGAAGGAUUACAAGACAGGAUUUUACAUUACACGUGUACUCGAGCAACAAGCCAUGGAGGUCAUGUUCUCAGGCCACCAGCUCCCCUGGUUGCAUGUGGUGUGUCUUGUAGAUGGGUGUCCUUUCAACAUUUCAUAUGUUGGUCAUGCCUUUCAAUUUCUGAUCUGGAAAUAGCCAAAGUCUCUUGCAACACUCUCUUUGUGCAGCUUCCUGAUUGCAACGCAAAUACUGUGGAAGAGCUUCUGGAUACCAAGCCCGGAUGAAGUCAUUGUCCAAACUUAUUUAUUUAUUUAUUGGGUUGGAGGAGGGUUACCUACAAUAUAGCCACAUUGUCCUGAAGGAGUGGAGAAUGGUGAUUCAAGAAUAAAAACRAAAAAAACCUCAGCCUAGGUUAAUGAUGAAGUCUUAAAAAAAAAAAAGAAAAAAGAAGAAAGAGCAGCAAUUUUGCACUGACUGGAUUGCCUCAUCCAUCUGGAUUUCGGAUGAUCAUCUGAGUGGCCAGAURUCAAAGACCGAAGUGCUCUAGAAAAAUUCUUAUGGGGAUAGAAAAUGAAUUUCAAACCUCUUAGCUUAAAAAAAAGAGCCCUCAAACUCUGCUGCUUUUAAUUUUCCUUAUCCAGGUGUGUCUUUAAUCCCUUGGUUUCUCAGAAGCUUCAAAUACUCCUGAGAAAUCAAACUUUGAUUUUUAAAUAAAAUAGUUUCUUAUUAUUCUAGUCUUUGGACAAAGAUGAAGCUACUCUUUUUCUUUGGAAUUUCAGAAGCUUGUGUUUCACAGGUACUUUCUUUGCCAGAUCCUGUCAUGAAGCUUGUAUUGUAUUGUGUUUUUUCUUAAAUGUGUCUGGAGCCCAACUUAACUGGCRCAUUCAGUAACAUGGUUGGUGCGUGCUGUGGUAUAAGUAAACAGCUGCAUGUGUGCAUGCAAAACAAAAAUAGUCACAUUGGUGAUGCUUGCCUUUCUCUGUGACCGUGAUGUAGCUGUAUUUGUGAAAGCUUUGUCAUCUGAAAGUGUUUACAUUGGUCACUGGAAGUUUCUCUGCGCUGCCUUACAUUUGAUUUGCUGUUUGGAGAAGACUCUUUACAUUUCAGAAAUAAAGUAUUUGAAGUUCUGUGAAUGCUGAGAGAACAGUGAUUAAUCAGCAAAGUCAUUUGCAGUUUUUAAAAGGGUGAGUUCCAGCUAGAUGUGAUAAUAGUUCCACUGAUUAAACUGAUUCCUUGAAGUGAUAGGUUAAAUAUUUAAACCCACAGCCUCCCUACCCAUGCCCCCCCUUAGAUGCCCUUUAAACAAUAGGAAAACAGAUUAGGAUAGGUCUCCUUUCUAUAUCCCUGUACUUGUUCGGGUUGCCGUGUUAAAGCAAACAGCCUUGAAUUUUUGUUGCCUUUCAUCUUGUGGAUCACUCUCAGGAGUGUGAAGGGAGCCAUAAAAUCAGACUUCCUGUGUUUUGCAUGUCCGCUCCCCAGGCACUAGCAAUUACAUAAGGUACAAGGAAGUAAAGAACCAGGUCCCCAGGGGCCCCUGUGUUUGAAUAAGGACGUGUAGCUUUGAGACCUCUGUUCUCCAUCAAGCUGAUCAGAGUCCAGAGGUGAAGUUGCUCUGCAUCUAACUAUUUAACUUAUGAAAUCUGUUUUGUAGUGCCAUGCAGCUACCAAAAGUGGGGUGAAUUUUCUGCAGCUGUUUCAAAGUUGUGGUCUGCUUUCAAGUCCUCAAUUAAUUCCUGUGUGUAGGCUGAAGGAAGCUGGAGUCAGGGUGGGCCUCUGGCUCUGCAGGAAAUUCAGUAGGCUCUUGCUCUGUGAAUUGUUGUGGGAAUCCUGGCUAACUACUUGACCAUUCCAGGCCUGCAAAACGCCCCACACUUUGAAGCAAACGCAGUUCACAGCAGAGUGCACACAAAAACCCUGGCAUAAGACGGGAAGGUUCCUCUUAUUUUGCAGGCUGGUUGCUGUAGAAACAUGGAACAAAGGACAGCCUUCCUCUUCUGGUAUAAUUGUGCAGCCCCUUUUCUGUAUGUCUGACACCUGUCUGAAUAAGAGUGAUUAGAACAGCAUAAUGUUCCCGUUCCUGGUCAUUGAAGAUGUGGUUCAUGUGCUAAAAGAAAACUGCAAGUGAAGAAGUAAAAUUGUCUAUGUUGUUUGCUACUACAUCUUGAGAUUUUGUAAAACUCACUUUUUUUUUUCACAAUGUGAAACUGAAGGUCAAUAAAUUAUUAGAUAUUUCCUCUCCAUAGAAUGUUUAUUUGAAGUUUUGUCUCUUCCUCCUCUCCUCACCCCUAAAUGCUUUGAAUCCCUUAUAAUGUCCUUUUUAUGUCCUCUUAAAAGAAGCGCAUCAGCAACAUGCAAUUAAAUGCUUUGGUUUA